AUGUACAACAGAAACCAAAAAUCAAGACUCGAAAAACUUGCUAAUGACAACUUUUUUAUCAUCUUAAAGUUGUUGGGAGAAGAUUUUUUGGGACUUGUUGUGGCAUUAUCAAAGUCACUCCCCGAAAAGAGACUUCUCCAAUUGAUCAAAAUGAACAAGGGAGGAUUCAUAAGAAACGAAGAACAGUUGCAAUUACUUGAGAGUUUAGUUUCUAAUAAUUCAAAUUUUGAAUUACAAGACUGUUCACUUUCUAUGGUGAAUUCCUAUACCAUUAAUGAAGUAGAUUUCUUGACAAGAUUCGGAUCAGUGUUAUUUUUAGGGAAUGUCAUUCUUGGUAGUCCGUAUGAAAUGUUGAAACUUUUAGAUUCGAAUAGUUUAAUUCAGAAUAUUGAAUUUAAUGGAUGUGGCUUCAUACACAACCUAGAUUUGAGUGGUGAACUGUUUUCAUUCUCUCCAUAUCUUGAAUCGAUCAAUAUUCUCACAUCAGACACUGAAUUCUUCAAGUCUGCUUUUAAAGAUAUCAAUAUUCUUGACCACACCGAUUUGAAGAAGGUAAUUGUACUGAAAUUAGAAUUUCCACUAGUCGAAAGUGAUGAAUUUAUAAGAAAGAUUCGUCCUCAUUUACAGGAUAUUCAAAUUUUAAAGAGUGAUCCACCAGCAGUUUGGUACAAUCAAAUGACUAAACUUUAUGUUCGAAACUUUGCAGAACUGCAGUCUAGAAAAUGCAAAGCUGAAGAAGUUGAACAAAUAACCUUCCAAGAGUUUAGUUUGGAAGCAACCAAAUCAGAAACUUAUCACUUUGAUUGUGUGAACCAAGUUAUUGUAAAGGAUAUUACAAUCCAACCAAAUUUGACAUUGAAAAGUUUAUUGGAGAAUUUAUUUAAAUUAUUUCCAAAAUGCAAACACUUGGUUAUUACUGAAAAGAUAGCCAUGUUAGAUAUUGUCAACUCUCAUAUUUCUGCCAGAACGUUGGAAAAGAUUACAAUAAUGUAUUCUAAAGAAACUCCAGCUGCCUAUAGGGCAAAUUUACAAUAUUACUUGAAACACAAUUUAUGUGAGGUAGAGUUGAUUCCUAUGAUAGAACUUGAUUCUUUCCAAUUUGGAAGAUACGAAAUCCAAGAAGAAACUCUUCCACUGAUGAGAAAGCUCACUAAUCUUUAUUAUCAAAUAGAGAAUAAUGCUGUUGGUGCUGAAAAGGCUAGUUUGAUGAUUGAAUUAUUAAAAGGUAUUAAGGAGAGAACUGACAAAGGUGUAAGGAAACGUUAUAAUUCCAUUAUUGGAAAGACGAAUGAGGACAAACUAGACGAAAUUAAAGGAAAUAUUGAAGAGAUCAAAUUAUUAAUUGGUGCUGAACAAUGUGAACAGGCAUUUGAAUUGGUAGAAAUUGUAGAAUAUUCACUUUUACUCAAUGACAAUAGUGAAGAAGCACUUGCUGCAAUUUCUAAUAGUUUUGAACUAUUGGAAAAUCAAUGGAAUCAAAUGAAACGCUAUGUGGAACAAAUAUUCGAUAUUAAUUUCAAAGAUACACAAUUCGGAGAAGAUAGCUCUCAACUCGAAUCCGAAUACAUGGACAGUUCAGAAGAAGAAGAAGUUAUUAUUGAAGAAGAUGAUUUUCAAGACUCUGACGAAUUCGAAACUAUCCAAGAUACCAUGAUUGAAACUGAAUAA